UUACCGUAGAAAGCGAACGUCUUGUGGAUGAAAUGUCAUAUGUGAAAGUGGUGUCGCUGUGUGCCGCAGCCUCAGGUGUGUCAGGCCUGCUGUGUGGCUCUGUGCUGGCUGCCGGAGAGGGGAAGAAGAAGAACUCUACACCUGUACUGAGCCUCGAUGAGCUGCCAUCAUUAUACACGACCCCUGAAUCAGAAGCUCAGUAUAUGGAGCCUGAGGCGGGACAGCUGGAGCAGAGCGUCUCAUCGCUGAGGAAAUGGGCAGAGCCGUACACCAGCCAGUGUCAGCAAACAGGUCAGGCUGCUGUGGAGAAAGUUGAACAAGUGUACAGGACCGUGGAGCCCACAGUUACCACCUCCAUAACAACCAUCACAGAUGUGUACCAGUUCCUCAGCGAUCCUCCUCCUGAUCUUUACCCCAGUGUCGCUGUCGUGGGCUUCUCCGGCUUCCUGGGGCUUUAUUUGGCCAAAGGCUCUAAAGUGAAGCGGUUUGUGUUUCCAGUUGGACUCAUGGCUCUGAGUGCCUCCAUGUUUUACCCUCAGCAGGCAGCGUCCUUCUUUAAGGUGAGUCGGGACUUGGCACAUACCUGGGCUCAGCAGGGCCGGGCCAGCCUGGAAACUCUCUGGAAAGAUCCACCGUUUGGCAAGAAGAAGAAAGAGCGAACAGAGAGCAACGACACGAGCAGCUGAGACAGCGAGAAGACACACAUCAUUCCAGACGUUCACCGUCCAGUAACACACUCACACCUGUAGAUAAAGAGGAAUAUUUACAAUAUACAUAAACAAAAAGUCAUACAACAGGAUUAUGUUGCACCAGCUCUGGGUAAGUUCAAACGUAGUCAGGUUUUAAAUUUGGACAGAGUUUACACUCUACUAAGAUUCAAGGUGUUGCACCAGCUGGGAGAGUUUCAACAUUUGCAGAGACAAUAACUUAAAUCUUACACUUCACUCCUAGUAGGCGUAGCGUCCUCUGUAAAACAUGUUUGUUAUGGUGAGGAAGGAUAACUUAGAAGAUGCAGAGGAACUGAGGGUUUCAUUAUAUCCCUCAGAAAAUGGAGGAAGAUUUCAUUUGUACCACCACUUUAGUUUACCAUGAGCAGAGAUGAUUUCAUCCUUCAAGCAAUCAAUUAUGGUUAAAUGACCUCAUGUUUUAGUUGAUAAUUUCACUGCUCCAUGUCACUGUUGUUUUUCAGACUGGCUGUAGAUUAAGGGUGUUUAAGUCAGCAUUUUAUUGUUCCAAAAUAGCCUGCUGCCACCAUGACCCCACCCUGGAAAAGUGGAUAAGAUUACAGGGGGAUAUAGGGAAGGGCUUUCUGGGCCCCAGCCAAACUGGGGGCACAUGUAGGUCAGCAUAAUCAUGACCCAUUGUAAAGUUAAUCUGUGAUAACCAUAUUUUAUUUUAAACCUGAAUUUAUAUCUACCCUGAUCAAAAAAACAAAACAUGAAUUUCAUUUAUUUACAUUGUAGUACAAUAUAACCUUUUUCAAAAUGUAAACCCCUUUUAUUUAAACAGAGUUACUUUUUUAUUAGUGAUGUUAACAGUGUGGAUUGACGUACUGAACUAUUAGGAAAGUAAUGUCAGACUUCAUAGCUAUUCCAUGAUGUGCACAAAUGAAUAAUUGUGAAAAGAGACAUAAAGGGCCAAAAAGUGGGAAGAAUGAGUUUAAAUAGUAAAAAGAUAAUGUAACAAAUGGCCGAAAAGUGGCAAAAAAAUUGACAAGAAUGGGCGAAAAGCAGCAUAAAUUGAUUAAAUGUAGCAAAAACUAUAAAAAAGUGACAAAAAGUGGCAAAAAGCAGCUAAAAUUUGCAAAUAGAUGCUUCAUAAAUGGGCAAAAAAUGGCCAAAAAACAGACAGAAACUCAUGCAAACACGAAUAUAAAGUGAUUGAAUAGUGGCAGAAAUGGGCAAAAAAUGGCGAAAAAGCAGCCUAAGUAGGCAAAAAGUUGCAAAUAGAUGCUGCAGAAAUGGGCAAAAAAUGGCCAAAAAACAGGAAA